CUUGACUUCGGUGGCAGCAGCAGCUCGGAGAGCGAACGGUGGAGCUGUUGUUGCCGCCUUAACAUGGAGUAACGAGGUCUCUGCAUUUACUGCCAAUAAGCGGAUCCUUUCGAGGAGGAACGCGCGACGGGUUGCGUUUAUUUUAUCCGCCAAAAUCUCCACAAAUGAUAGAGUCGCAGAAAAGAUUCGCAGGCGCAAAGGAAAGCUCGGCUUUUAUUUGAAAGAUGGCGAACGACUCUCCAGCUAAAAGUCUGGUGGACAUAGACUUGGCUUCACUGCGGGACCCAGCGGGGAUCUUUGAAUUGGUGGAGGUGGUGGGAAAUGGCACCUAUGGACAAGUCUAUAAGGGACGUCAUGUCAAGACCGGACAGCUGGCUGCCAUCAAGGUCAUGGACGUCACCGAGGAUGAAGAGGAAGAAAUUAAACUCGAGAUCAACAUGCUGAAGAAGUAUUCUCAUCACAGAAACAUAGCUACAUACUAUGGUGCUUUCAUUAAGAAGAGUCCCCCAGGACAUGAUGACCAGUUAUGGUUGGUGAUGGAGUUCUGUGGUGCUGGUUCGAUCACAGACCUGGUGAAGAACACAAAGGGGAACCAGCUAAAGGAAGACUGGAUUGCCUACAUCUCACGAGAGAUUCUUAGAGGUUUGGCCCACUUACAUGCCCACCAUGUCAUCCAUCGUGACAUCAAGGGUCAGAACGUCCUGCUGACUGAGAAUGCUGAAGUUAAACUAGUGGACUUUGGUGUGAGUGCCCAGCUGGAUCGGACCGUGGGGAGGAGAAACACCUUCAUCGGGACUCCUUAUUGGAUGGCUCCUGAAGUCAUCGCCUGUGACGAGAACCCAGACGCUACAUACGAUUACAGAAGUGAUCUGUGGUCUUGUGGUAUCACAGCUAUUGAAAUGGCUGAAGGAGCCCCGCCACUUUGCGACAUGCACCCAAUGCGUGCGCUCUUCCUCAUUCCAAGAAACCCACCUCCUCGGCUGAAGUCGAAAAAAUGGUCCAAGAAGUUUUUUAGUUUCAUCGAGAGCUGUCUAGUGAAGAAUUACACACAGCGCCCCCCGACAGAGCAGCUGCUGAAGCACCCCUUCAUCCGAGACCAGCCCAACGAGCGGCAGGUUCGCAUCCAGCUUAAAGACCACAUAGACCGGACCAAGAAGAAGCGAGGAGAGAAAGAUGAGACGGAGUAUGAGUACAGCGGCAGUGAGGAGGAGGAAGAGGAUCCACCAGAGCAGGAGGGUGAGCCCAGCUCCAUCGUCAACGUGCCAGGAGAAUCGACUUUACGUCGUGACUUUAUUCGCCUGCAGCAGGAGAACAAGGAGAGGUCGGAUGCGCUUCGUCGCCAACAGCUUCUCCAAGAACAACAGCUUCGGGAGCAGGAGGAGUACAAGCGCCAACUACUGGCAGAGAGACAGAAGCGCAUUGAGCAGCAAAAGGAGCAGAGGAGGCGACUCGAGGAGCAACAGCGACGUGAACGAGAGAUGAGAAGGCAGCAGGAGCGUGAGCAGCGGCGCCGAGAGCAAGAGGAGAAGAGGCGUAUUGAAGAAAUGGAUCGUAGGCGUAAAGAGGAAGAAGAGCGCCGGCGGGCCGAGGACGAAAAGAGAAGGAACGACCGCGAGCAGGAAUACAUCAGACGUCAGCUUGAGGAGGAGCAGAGACACCUGGAGAUGCUGCAGGAGCAGCUGCUUCGUGAGCAGGCCAUGUUGCUGGAAUUCAAGUGGCGGGAGCUUGAGGAGCAGCGCAAAGCCGAGCGACUCCAUAAGCGGCUGCAACAGGAGCAGGCUUACUUGCUGUCGCUUCAGCAUGAAUCCAAACAGCCUGCUGAUAAGACCAAACUCCUCUCAGACCAUUCCAAACCCCCACAGACCUCCACCCUGCCCCCUGACAGAGUCCUCCCCACAAUCCCACAAGCUCAGGUCCUUGAUGGUGGCAUUCCUGAAGCGAGAGUUGCUUCUGAGCCCUCCAGAACUCUUCAGACAGUCCUCUCUGACAGCAGUCAAUCCCACUCAAUAGUGCCAGAAAAGACUGACUCUGAAACCUGCGCCAGCCAUCUGUCUAACAUCAGUCCCAACCCCCCUGAGACUGAAAUUCCCACUGACCCUAAACCUCCCCAGGGAGAACCUGUGGAGCCCCAUAGGCCGCAUGAGUCCACCCAACAUCCUCCUCAAGCUAUCAGAGAGGCUGAUGAGAGGUACCGUAAGAAUAUUCAGGGCUCUCCUCAGGCUGCACCUCCUCCCAAACAGCCUCCCUUACCUCCCCGUUCCUCUGAACCAUUCUCCAAUGGCGGCUUGUCCUCUGAAACAUCUGCCAUGCACCGACCCAUGGAGCCUCAGGUCCAGUGGUCCCACCUGGCUGCUCUAAAGAGUAGCAACAGUGGCGCCCCCUCUCCUCCUCCUCCCCCACCUCCUCCACCUGUGGUCGCUCGCUCACAGUCCUUCAGUGAGCCUGGAGGCGUUACUACUAGCAUUGCACAACUCCACCUGCGUUCCCAGGACCCUCACCAUCACCACCACCCAUCGCCCGCACGCACUGACCCCCAGCCCCAACCUCCCCUCCAUCACCCCCAGGCCCAGCCUCGGCCUGAGCGCCAGGCCAGUAACGAGGAGGUGCCUCCUAAGGUACCAGUAAGGACCACAUCCAGGUCUCCGGUACUGUCACGGCGUGAGUCCCCUCUGCCGUCACAGCCCAGCAACCAGGGUGGGCAGAGGAGCACUGGCAGUAAUGUGGAGCAGCGCCCUCUGUGGGACAGAGUUGAGAAGCUACAACCCCGACCAGGCAGUGGUAGCUCUUCUGGUUCCUCCAACUCCAGCUCCCAGGCCAGUUCUGGGGACCGCUUCAGGCCACGCUGUGAGUCCCCUGCUUCCUCUAAAUCUGAAGGUUCACCUCUCCAGAGACCUGAAAAUGUUCCCAAAAAGCAAGAUGACAAAAACCUGGCCAGGCCCACCCGACCAGCUGUUGAUGUGGACCUGACUGCUCUGGCCAAGGAGCUCCGUGCGGUAGAUGAUGUGCGACCACCACACAAAGUUACUGACUAUUCCUCCUCAAGCGAUGACUCAAACACCACUGAUGAAGAAGAUGAUGAGGAGGUGGAUCAGGAGGCUGGAGAGGAAUCCACCUCAGGGGCUGAGGACUCCAGGGCCGGGAGGCUGAGUAAUGGGGAGGCAGACUCUGCCAAAACCAUGCUGGUUGAAGACUCGGAGCGUGACCAAACCACCACCCCUUCCAAAGACGGCACACUGGUCAUCAAACAGAGCACCGUUGACAUAAAGCGGUUGGUCAGUUUCUCAUCCUCGGCUAUCCCUGGUCAUGGUCACAGCCUCCCAGAGAAAAAUGGCUUUGCCGGCCGCGUACACCAUCUACCAGACCUUAUCCAGCAGAGCCAUCACUCCCCUUCCUCUUCCACAACCAUUCUUUCCUCCUCCUGCUCUUUCCCUUCCUUCCCCGCAUCAUCUAGCAAUGCCAGUCCCGCCAUAUCCCCACAAAACCCCCCGGAGAAGCUCACUGUUGUAGAGAGCCAGUCAGAGAGCAACUCCAUGUCCAAACACAAGUCCUCCUCUUCCUUCACUCCAUUCAUUGACCCACGGCUUCUACAAGUCUCGCCAUCCAGCGGCACCUCCCUCAACAACAUGGCAGGAUUUGGGCAGGAUGGACGGCUGGCAGACCCGCUUAAGUCUGACCCAUCCCGUAAAGGGUCCGUGGUCAACGUAAAUCCAGUUAACACACGACCACCAAGUGACACACCAGAAAUCCGCAAGUACAAGAAGAGGUUCAACUCUGAGAUCCUGUGUGCAGCACUCUGGGGAGUAAACCUACUGGUAGGGACGGAGAGCGGCCUGAUGCUGCUGGAUCGAAGUGGUCAGGGGAAAGUCUACCCACUCAUCAACCGGCGACGCAUCCAGCAAAUGGACGUUCUGGAGGGCCUCAAUGUCCUCGUCACCAUAUCGGGCAAAAAGAACAAACUGCGAGUGUACUACCUGUCAUGGCUUAGAAACAAGAUUUUGCACAACGACCCUGAAGUAGAGAAGAAGCAAGGAUGGGUCAAUGUGGGCGACCUGGAGGGCUGCGUCCACUACAAAGUCGUGAAGUAUGAGAGGAUUAAGUUCUUGGUGCUGGCUUUGAAGAACUCUGUGGAAGUGUACGCCUGGGCACCCAAACCGUACCACAAAUUUAUGGCUUUUAAGUCUUUCGGUGACUUGGUGCACAAACCUCUGCUGGUUGACCUGACUGUGGAGGAAGGUCAGAGGUUAAAGGUCAUCUAUGGCUCCUGCUCAGGCUUCCAUGCUGUGGAUGUGGACUCUGGUGCUGUCUAUGAUAUCUACCUGCCCACACAUAUCCAGACCAGCAUUCAGUGUCACGCCAUUAUCAUUUUGCCCAACACUGACGGGAUUGAACUGCUGGUGUGUUAUGAAGACGAGGGCGUCUAUGUCAAUACUUACGGACGCAUCACCAAGGAUGUGGUGCUGCAGUGGGGAGAGAUGCCAACUUCAGUGGCCUACAUUAGGUCGAACCAAAUAAUGGGCUGGGGUGAGAAGGCCAUAGAGAUCCGCUCUGUGGAGACGGGCCACCUGGACGGCGUCUUCAUGCACAAGAGAGCCCAGAGACUUAAGUUCCUCUGUGAGCGGAAUGACAAGGUGUUCUUUGCCUCUGUGCGCCCUGGAGGUGCUAGCCAGGUCUACUUUAUGACGCUGGGACGCUCUUCUCUGAUGAGCUGGUAGUCGAGACCCCAGUGCUCCGAACACCGUGACGCCCACACCUAAAGCAGCGAUUCAACAGAUGAUGAUUGUGACGAUGACCAACACCGAUGAAGAAGAGAACUGCCUGAAGGAGGAGCAUUCCUCACGGAGGGAGCACCUCAGGCAAGCAGACGACAUACUGAACUGUAAGAAAAGACGCGUUCGAGCAGGGAGGGGUGGGUGUUCGGCGAUGGGGAGGCGCGAAUGCCGAAACCCCCGUACGCCUCAACGUUUUCCUCGCGCCAACCCCGACGCCCAACCUUUGAGCCGAUUCCCUCUUCUUUCGCCGCGCAGCGUGGGAUCUGCUUCCUGUCGAUGGUAAAUCUGUGUCAUAGUAAAAAAAAUAAAUUCUGCAUUGUGUACGUGUGCGAACGCAGGACGGUGCAAGAGACACUGAGCAUGUGAAACGAGGGUGUCGGGACGCCAGGAGAUGAAAUGGAGCUGUUGCUGUGUUGAAGGUGAAUACUGUAUGCGCCACACUUGUGGGUGUGGCCUCGCUGUUUGUUUGUGUGUUUUAGUCCAGGUCCUGUUCAGGUAAACUUAAACUUCUAGUCCCACCAGGGUAGACAUCUGUCAGAAAUGUCAUUAAAUUUGAGCUCACGUCAUGGCCUCAGUUUUCCUCCCAUAAAUGAUGCUUGACGUGUAAAUCUGCCUCCACUUGUCUUCACUUUUUUGCCUUCUUCUCCUGAAAGUGGAGAUUGAUUCAUUAUUUUAUAUUUUUAAGGGACCUUCUCGAUGAAUCCAUUAAAUACAGGGUACUGGACAUGAGCUUGUACAUACGGAACACAUUAUCCACACCAGUUCAGACUCCGCCAGACACGCUCUCCACUUUUAUUGCCUCACAUAGGUUAUGUUGGAUGGAUGUAGCCCUCUUUAUGACAGCAGCUAAAUUAUUUCCACUUUUCAGACACUGUAUGGUUGAUUUUCUGCAUAGAAAUCGAGCCUAAGAAGGGAAAAUUCUGACAUUUAUCAAAAAUCUACGACUACUUUUUCAUGCAUUAUUCCGUGAUAAUAUGUUAGACUUUUCCUGAAUUGGUUUUGUCUUUUUCCAGCUUUUCGUAGAAUGUGUUUUAGGAUGCCUCGGAGAACAGCUGUGAACUUAAGCGUGAGCCAUGAACACUGACUUGGAAUUCUGCUAGGUUUUUCAAACAACAAGCUGCGUAAUCUGUGUAAUUUUUCUGUCAUAAAUGGGGCUAGGAUAAACUGUGAAUUAGGAACUAGCAGGUGGCCACUAAGGUAGCAUCAGGUGAGUGGAGACAACCAACACUGAUGAAGACGAAAGUGAGAUGAGCCAAUUGUGUUGUCGGCAUGGUUACAAAAUUUUACAUAUUUCCAAUGUCAACUAUUUUUAAACUAUCGUUUUGUCUAUAAAAUGAAGAAAAAAAAAUGUCCAUCAGGUCUCAAGAGUCCAAUAUAAAGUGUUCAAAUGUCCAAAGUGCAAGGAUAUUCAGUUUAAGUAAAAAUGUAAAAAAUUUGUGUAUUUUCACAUUGACCCUUUAAAAAAAAUUGUCUGAAUCACUCAAUCAAUCAAUCAUUUCAGACCAACAAAAAUUCACAAUGGCAGUUGAGGAUGGACAUGAACCAUAGCCUGACUGCAUUUUUUAUAAAAAAAAAAAAAGAAAAAAAAAAAGCUUUGGGCCAGUUAUAACUGCCAACCUUCAAAACUUACUGGCCCCCUCAGGAGAGGAAUGGAGCACUUAGGGCAUGUUUUCUGAUGAGGCCAUGGCCGACAGCGGCCUGAAAUUUUAAAAAUGUUCACUUUGAUUACAAUAGUAUAGUUAAUGCCAUUCAGUGAGAAGAUACGAAGAUUUGGCACCCACAUUUUCAAGGGUGGCCAGUAAAUUUUAAAAGUUACUGGCCCCCUGGGCUAGAGGUGGAAAAGGCUUUAAUGUCUGCCCCUGCCCAGCGCUCAGCUAAGAGUUGCCUUAGAAGAAGCUGUGUUUGCCUAAAAUCCACAAAUUUGGAUUUUACACCCUGCAGCAACACUUUAGUCUGAACCACCCAUGUGAAUCAAUAUUGGACCUUUUCCCCCCAUUUUGGGCCAGGAAUGACUCAUUUGUUUCCUUAUUCCAGAGACAAAUAUUGAGGCAGUUUAUGUAUCAUAUCAUGUUUUUCUUCAUCUCUUCUUCAUUUUCUGAAAAAGGCAGCAUUUUUGUCUUUGAGGAUUUCCUGUCACUUCAUGUCUCAUUCUGCUGUCGGGAUGUAGGAACCAUCCUGCGGCUGCACGUGUGACUGAGAAAACUUGACAAAACCAGGCACUAACUCUGCCUGCAUAAAGCGGACCAUUUCGUGCUGCCUUUACUGUCCAACAUGAGACAACCUCAGAGCCUUUAAGUUGCUUUUACUGUCUGAUCUGUGAAAAACAAAACGAGGCAGAGGGUCACACGUUCUAAUAGCAGUGUUACAAAAACCACUUCAGACAGCGUGAAUUAUGUGGAUCAUUAUUAUUAUUAUUUUUAAACUCUGACUUCGUUUUUAGCCUUGUUUCUGCAAUUUUUAAUGAUGUAACCCUUCAGAUCAGUAUGCAACUGCAGUGUUUUUUUUUUUGUUUUUUUUUUCCUGACCGUAAUGCACACCAUUAUGUUGGAAAUGUUUACAGUAACAAUCUUGUUUUGUCAAACCAACGAUAUUGAUAUUUAUGGUUAUUUUAAGGGCAGCCCCCCGUUUGUAUUUUGUAUUAUUCCCUUUUUGUACUAUCAUUUAGACGUUUGUGUAGAAGAACGAUAGACUUUUGCUCAUGACUCCAGAGUGUGACAUCACUGAUUUCUCUGCAUCCCGCUUCGUGGUUGUGUGACAACUGUUGACCAAAUGUUUUCUACCUGCCAGGUGACAUGUUCUUCAGUCAUCUGUUUCAAAUGCCUGUCUAAUUUAUGUCCUGUCUGUGUGUACUAUGGGAAUUACUGUAUUUUCCUGAAGGUCUUUUCCCCCUCAUUGAAUAAAAUCUGAAGUAAUUUACA